AGCGCGUGUGUGCAUGACGCCGGCCAACCGAGAUGACUGUGUGAAGCAAACCUCGAAAGAACUGCAAAAAACACUGGAGGAGGAAGAGGAGGAAGAGCGCAGUCCAAAGAUCACAGAAGAUAUACUGAAGAUUAAUGGCUAUUGUUUAUGUAUGAUUGUGUUACAAGUCCAGAUGACCAACACUCACUGCAGGCACCACCAGCAUCCCACUAUGGAGCUGUGAAGACAACUUAAAAGAUACUCAAGAAUCAAAGCAUCAUGUCGUCCACUGGGUCGGCCAACCACAACAAGCGUCUAGCAUCAGAGACAGACAACUCACAGCGUCACCUAGACAACGACUCCCGACAACAGCUGAAGCUCAGAGACAGACAGCGCUUCUUUGAGGAAGUCUACCAACAUGAUGUGGACAACUACCUGCCCUCCACUCAUCUGCAGAUUGACUGUAGAAAACCACCCAUGGGCAGCAUCUCGUCCAUGGAGGUGAAUGUGGACGUGCUGGAGCAGAUGGACCUGAUGGACAUUUCGGAUCAAGAGGCUCUGGACGUGUUCCUCAACUCCGGCUCUGGGUCAGAGGAGGCGCCACUGACCCCCUCACUACCAGCAGAAGCCGAGAAUGAAGAGGAGGAUGAAGGGGCGGAGGUUGUGUACAGAGAGGGUGUCCCAGUAAAGCGUCUGAAUGAGACAAAGAGCAGAUCUAAAGUACGAAUAUUGUCCACAUCCUCUGGGUCCAGUGACACCAGUGGAGCAGAUGCAGACACACCCGUCAUCCAAUCAGACGACGAGGAGGUCCACGCAGACACUCUGCUCCUCACCUCUGUCCCCCAAAACAGGGACGAAGAGAGUGAGGAAGAGGAGGAGCCACGGCGUGCACCUGUAUAAUAGAAGUCUAUUUGAGAAUAAGAAGCCAUUUCUUUGUCAAAUGCAGAUCCCAGCAUGAAACUGGCUGUGAUAUUUGCAUAUUGUAUCAUUUAAAUACAAAAAAGAUUCUAUUUUAUUAUGACAGAAACCGGUCUAGCCAGUUGAGUGAGGGUUGUCUUUAAAUGUUGAUGUGUCAUGCAGUUCUGUACUAACACGCUCUGGUUCUAGAGAAGUGUGUUUAUCACUUGAAUCCCGCCAGAGGGAAUGGCCACUCCUUUUUGUGUCUUAAAACACAGUGCCAAACAUAG